AUGUGACUUUAUAUUAUAAAAAACCGUAAAAAUAUGAGUACCUUACUCCCUCAUUAUCUAAUAAAAAUUAUUUGCCAAAUAUACCAAAAUAUUCAAAUUUAAAAAGAAUAUGCCGAUUUGGAAAAUUUUUAACUCCCCCCCCUCCGUGAGUGAACAAAAAAAUUUUGUUCACUCACGGAGGGGGGUUAUUUUUUUUUUUUUAAAAAAAUUUAUAUAUAAAUUUUUUAUAAAAAAUAAUUUUUUUUUCGAAAUUUAAAAAAAUCCUAAUUCGCAAAAAUUGGAAAGCAAAUAUUAAUUUAAUUUAUAAAAUUUAUGUUUUAAAAAGCAAUUCGUUUAAAAUUAAACAGAAUUAGCUCUAGAUUUCAUUAUACUAAUUAUCAUUUAUAUAUCAAAUUUUUUUUCCAUAAAAAAUUUUUCUAUUAAAAAAAUUUUUGUUCACUCACGGAGGGUGAGUUUUUGGGCAAAAAAUAGCGAUUUUUCUAAUGGGUUUUGUUCACUCACGGAGGGGGGGGAGUAGUUUUUUCAUACCAAAUGCUAAUCAAAAUAAGUGUUCAUUAACAAGGGAGACUUAGGAAAAUUCUUCACAAAUCUAUCAAGCGCAAUGUCAAUGAAUAAAGCAACUCUAUCUGGUGCUUUAGACGUAAUCGUCAUUCAACAUCCAGAUGAUUCCUUUCAUGCUACUCCAUUUCAUGUUAGAUUUGGUCGUCUAAAACUGUUGAAAAGCAGUGCAAAAACUAUAAAGGUCUAUAUCAAUGGAAAACAAACACACAUUCGUAUGAAGCUUGAUGAAGAAGGAGAAGCCUAUUUCGUUGAGCCUUCAGUAGGAGAAAUUGAAGAAAAUUUAAAAUGCUCCCCAAUUUCUAGCCCAAAGCUAAUUAAAGGAGAAAAAACUGGCGACUCAAGCCCUAUAAAGGUUGAAGAAAGCCUUGGGCCUGUACGAAAGAGUGGGGCAUUUGAGCGAUUAAGAGUCUCCAAGCUCUUUAUAGGAGGACAAAUUUUACCAAUGCGAGGAGAUGAUUGUGAAGAAGUUGACCCAGGCGAAGACCUAGAACCAUCCACUGAUAAUUAUGAAUCUGAUGGAAACCAAGUCGAUAUCUCGCUUUGUGGAGAUUUGGUAAAAAACCCUGAUACUGAUUUAGAAGAAAUUUUUAUAAAGCAUCGAAUCCCAUUCAGUGAAUUCAAAACAAAUCCAUGAGCAGUCAUAAAUGAUCCAAGACUUAUGAUAAAAAUUGACAAUAAACUGUAUGGAAAAGAAGAAGGGAUCCCUCUAGUUCUAGCUUUGCUUAUUUAUAAACAAUCUCUAAAUGAUGAAGAAAGCUACAUUGUAGAAUCACCUAAAAAGGAAUUUGAAGUCCAAAGACCAGCUGAUACUACAGUCUACAAAAAAAGUAUUAUGCUAGAUUCUGAUAGUCUUCGCUCAUUGGGGCUAAAAGGAGGCAGCAAUGAUAUUACAUAUAUAGUAGAAAGUAAAUUGCAAGGAAUGCAAUCAAUUCAAGGAAAAAUUUAUUUGUGGGAUUCUAGCUGUAAGAUUGUAAUUUCUGAUGUUGAUGGGACAAUCACAAAAUCUGACGUACUUGGACAGUUGUUACCGAUUAUAGGAAAAGAUUGGAGUCAUCCAGGUGUUGUGAAUUUAUAUAAUGAUAUUACAGCAAAUGGGUAUAAAAUUCUUUAUCUGUCUUCAAGGGCAAUUGGGCAAGCUCCGAAAACAAAAGAAUAUUUGGCAUCACUUAGAGAGAAUAAUCGUGGGCUACCAGAAGGCCCAGUUAUAUUAUCCCCAGACCGUCUUUUUAAGUCAUUUGUACGAGAAGUCAUCAAGAGAGAACCACAAAAUUUUAAGACCCCAGCACUAACAGAAGUUUUAACUCUUUUUCCAGAAGAUGUCAACCCAUUUUAUGCAGGCUUUGGCAACCGUGAUACAGAUGCUAUUGCAUACAGAGCAGUUGGUAUACCUAUGGAUAGGAUUUUUAUAAUCAAUCCAGUCGGAAAGAUCUUUGUAUUUGACAAUUCCUAUAUAAAUUCCUACCCAGAACUCAAUGCAGCAGUUUCCGAGAAGUUCCCUUUAAUUGUGUGUUAA